UUCGCGUCACUUACUCUCCACUCACACUACACCCUACAGAGCCUCACCAUGUCUCUCAACUCCUAUCUCAACAAAAAAGUCUGCGUGAUAACUAGCGACGGCCGCACGCUUGUCGGCACCCUCAUCAGCUGCGACCAAAACACAAACCUCGUCCUACAAAACACCAUCGAGCGCAUUAUAGCGACUGCCGACAGCGGGGAGAAGAGUUCGCAGACUGAGCAGGGUCUCUACAUGAUCCGAGGAGAUUCAGUGGUCGUGUGUGGCGAGGUGGACGAAGAGAUCGACGCGAGCAUCAAUUGGGAGGAGGUGAAAGGGGAGGGGAUUGGGGGAACGAAGCAUGUUUGAGGAGCGGGGCUUUGGCAUGGGCUCCAAAAGAGGACGAGUGCGCACAUCGCUGGUAGCACGAGGGCCGGCGAGCUAAUACCCUACGAAAGAGCGGCUUUAAGAAGCGAUGUGGCACGGAAUUUCAGCGAUUCUCAAGGUUGAGCGGAUCACGAGUGCUCGAAUAGAGUCCAGGGCUUUGGAACCAGGCAGCGCUUUGGAGAUUUGGAGGGCGGCUACAGAAAUUGCAUAUGGUUGCAAUGACACCACAAA